UCGUUAGGCUUACGCAGCAUUUUGUGUUGGUUUAUGGAAUGUAAUUAGACGGUUAGAACUAUUGCAGUAUUGUGAAUUAGCUAGGCCUCGAUCAAGAGAGUGAGAACCAAACUGAGGAUGGAUGUAGAACGGGGAUUAUGCUGGCGUUGUGAGACAAACAAAGCAACGAAGAAGUGUACUCAUUGCAAUAUAGCUGAGUAUUGUGGAACUCAAUGUCUGGAUCGUGACAGGAUUAGACAUAAAGUAGAAUGUGAUAUGUGGAAUAGAGACAAAGAGUGUGCCAAAUGCAAGAAAAAGAUAAAAUGCUAGUCGUGCUCUGCAUGUAAAGAAACCACAUAUUGCAGCCGUGAAUGUCAACGCCAACACUGGCCAUCUCACAAAGCUGAAUGCAAGGAAAUUCGCAAACAAUUAAAAACGAUGGCUGAAACCCACAGAUUCCAGUUUCAGUAUUUCGAAGGAAUGCAAAAAAUGGGUGAUACACCUUAUUAUAUUGGUAAUACUCUUGCUGCCGAUGUACUGAAGCUAGGCUUAAAUGAAGCUGAUCCCUCUUCGGAAGAUGUUGAUUCUCAACUCGCUAGAGAUUAUAACAUCUUAUUCGCUGGUGUUGGGGACUUACGCAAUCUUCUGCUUACAACAGCAUCACUUCCAAGCAAUUUCACUGGUAACAUCAGAUAUACAUUGAACGACAUAGAUCCGUUUCUUCUGGCGAGAGAUGUACUGCUUUUGUACAUGCUGAUAACUCAGAGCUCAAGAGAAUCUAUCGAGGAGUCAAUCACAAAUAUAUGGUAUUCGGUUAAACUACCAGAUGAAGAUUUUCAUCUCCUUAGAACAAUCCUCAAGGAAGUUCUAGAGCACACUGUCGAAACGCUGAAGGUUAAGACAAACAGUCAGCUGGAUAUACAGAAAAAGGAUUUUGAAAUGAUGAAAGAGGUAUGGAGAAAGUGGACGGACAUGGAAUGUGAAACUUGUAAGUGGAACUCUGUUAAUUUGUCUGCUCAGAGAUCGAGUAUGUUUAGUGGAGAUCCUGAUUCAUCAGAUGGUUUAUCGACUUAUAUUCAAAAAAUUCCUCAAAAGUACCGUGCAUCUGCAAUAAAGUACUUUGAAAAUGGGCUGUUCUUACUACGAGAAAGAAGCCAUUUAAAAUUUGACAACCCAACCCUUACUGGACGUCCAUUGCCUUCACCAGGAAACAAGGGUUCUGGUCGCUUACAUCAUGUUCUGACAAGACCAAAGUUAUAUAAUUUCGUUUACUGCAUCCGAGCUGACAUAUGGCCAUUUAGCGGCUGGGAUUAUGUCCAGGCAAAAAAAAUAUCACAACCAGAUUCAAUCGUCGAUUUAUUCCAUACGUAUAUUACCAGCGUCAUUAAGUCUGCAUUGGCAUUUUUUAAAAAAGGUAAUAUCUAUUCAAAAUUUGUUCUAAAAAAUUGUAUAGAACUUUGUAACGAACCUAAUGUUGAGCCUAAAUUCGACCGUAUUAUGACGUCCAACAUUGCAGACUACACAGGCAUCAGGACAUUGCUAUCAUCCAUGCGCCCUCUUCUGAGCAACACUAACAAACAUGCCGUGCUUGUUACAGAAACAUUAAACUGGGUACGUUGGUGUCCGGAGGCAGAUUUGAUGAAUCCACUAAAUAUGUUAAAGGUAUUUGGAUUGUUGAAUGAAAUGGUGAAAGAUACAGGGCGUCAUGAUCUUAAGGGUACUAUUCAAAUUAUGUAUGAUUACUUCGACAACACCACAUUGUUCAUUCGGUACUUACGCAUAGUGCUUCUUGCGACAAAUGAUGAACCGACAAUGAAAAAAGAGGUUCCAUCUUUUCCAAAAGAUUUUGACAAUAUUGAAGGUUUCCGCCUCAGAGAUUUUACCAAAGAUCUCAAUAAGGUGAUUCCGUUUCGGCAUCGGGUGACCGCGAGAUUAUGUAACAAUGAAACAGGACUUCAGAGAAAUUUGGAAUGGAAAUUAUUAUAAAAAUUCGAAGCUGUAGUAAGACUCUAAAACACAAAUGGACACAAAUUAAUGCAGAUGUAUUGCAAAUUAAUAUAUAUAUAUAUAAUUAUAUAUAUAUAUAUAUAUUAUAAAUAUAUAGUAACUGACGAGUCAAACGGUAUCAGAUAUGUCACAAAAU